AUGAGUUCACCAGAAAUGAAAGAAUUUCAAAAAUUUCUUUAUGAAGAAAUUAUAAUUAAACAAAUUUCACGUCACAAUCCACCUCUAAUAUCACAAAAGUGUAUUUCAACCUUAUUACGAAUAUUAAAUAAUAUUUUAGAAGAACCUUACAAUGAAAAAUUUCGUAAAUUACCUGAAAAAAAUAAUCUGAUUAACUCUAAUGUUUUGCAAAUCACCGGCGGUAGAGAAUUUCUCGUUAAAAUCGGGUUUAAAUCAAAAGUUGUAGAGUUUGAAAAAUUUUUUAUUUUAGAAUUAAAAAAUACUUCUCCCGUUUGUAAAGAUGGUAGUAAGAAAAUCAGUGAUGAAUUAUUUCUUAGACAAAUAGAAAGAUUGGAAAUUGCUCAAGAAUUACUUAAAGAUUAUUUGAAAAAGGUUACUGAGCAUGCUGAAGCUGUAAGACGAAUGCAAGAGAGAGAAAAAAUAGCUGGAGAACUUCAAAAAGCUGCUGCUUUGGAAAAUAUCAAAGAAGAUAAAGAACGCAGACAAAAGCAACAAGAACAACUUAAAUUACGUAGACAACUUGAGAAAGAAACACAGAGACAUGAGGAAAGGCUAAAUAUGAACGAAGAAAAAGCAGAGUCAGAGCAACAACAGCUGGAACAAUCCCCUUUUUAUCGUCCCUAUCAUCAUUCUCAUUUUGAAGAAAAGAAAAGCUAA